AUGAGCAGCUUGGCGCUGCCGCUUCGCUGGACGCGACCGGCUCAAUUUCUCGUGUAUCUAGUACCCGUAGGUGGAAUCCCGUCUGAUCUGUUUGCAUCCUAUGUGCGCCUGCUGCAGAACCACCGAGAAUUGCCAUUGCGUAGUCUCACGCGGCCCGGGGGCUACGCAGCUGAAUUAUCUCCGUUCCGCGGCUUGGACUGGACUGGUGCUGGCUCGCUGCGCUUCCGCUUUGUUUCAACUGCUGAAUGCAUAGAAUCAUGCGAUGGAGAAGAUGUGCAUGCGUGUAAUCGCGUCAUUGGUGCGCUUGGCAUUUGCCACAGUCCUUCGCUCACACUCAGCGGAGGAUUGCGUGCAGCUCACGCGCAUUUUGAGGCAUCGUUACGAAGCUUCCCGGGGUUACUAAUGCACAAACUCUUUGCAUUCGAGCAUACAUUUGAGAACGUGACUGCAAGUGAAUGCGAGGGGCUCACUGACCUCGUCAUGUUCCCAGCACAUCACGAGUUGCAAGGCACGGGCGAGUCGACCGUGAGUCUUCACUUACAAGUUGUCAUGGAUACAUUAGCUGUUAAUAUUCUCAUGGCAUUAGAAGGAGCGAUUCGAUCAGCCACGUCUUCAGCUAAUACUAGUGUAAUGACAAAGGGGGGAGACCUCGCAAGUGUAUUGCUAGAUGUCAACAUAAAUUCACACGCCAACGACCAAACAGUAUCGUCCCCGCUGGUGUUGUCUCGCGAUCUAGAUAACGAUAUUUCAUUCAAUUUUCCGACUUUGAGUCCGACGUCUCGUUCUACGCUGUCGUCUGGCACGUCAUUUUCAUCUCUUUCGUCGUCUUUAACGCUUGAUCCACGCAAUCGACAACGGAAACGGCACCUGGCACGACGAGAAAAGCUACUUGGCGACUACAGUGUACUUGUGAGCUGCGUAUCAGCUGCAAUGGAUCACUAUAGUGUUGCCAUUGACAUGCUGCGUGACGAAGAAAGACGGAGUGGCGGAGGAGCAGUAGACGCUUUGUGGCUGGCAUCGGCAUUGGAAGGAUAUGUUUAUUGUCUUUACACCGAGACACCAGAAAAACUGUCGCCUGAAUUGAUAGAUAAAGCAUCUGAUGCUAUCGGAUUUUAUGCUAAGGCAGGGACAAUCGAGCUCGAAAGUUUACUGAUCGAGAACAUGGGGCGAUAUUAUGCAAGUGUGGCACUGGCAACGUUGACGCGCACAGCAAUGACUGGUACUGCAAAAUUAAAAGAAAGUGUGUGGUCUAAGCAAUUAAUAUGGGAAGUUGUGGAGAGAGGUUUGAUGCUGUUGCCAGAGCUGCAAUCACAGCGCCAGGUUGAGUUUUUAAUCCAGAUCGCUGGUAUUUUGGACGCCGUAGGGCACAGUCGACGUGUAGCCUUCUGUUUACAUGAAGCUGCAAUCAUUUUACUGACUCGCAACGCACCUAGUGUAGAGGCACAGUCAAGGUUACUGGUAUCACCUUUAACUGUCACAAAAGAGCCGCAACGACAAAGAGACUUAGAAGCAGCUCUGUUACUUGAUCGAAUGGCUGCAGAUUAUUUGGGUAUCAAAGAUUCGAACGAUCACCAGAAUGAUUUGCCUUGGGAAGUAACUACUUUAUACCGAGGUGAGUGGGGUCGCCACGCAUCUCAAGGGAGCGUACAAUGUCAUUCAUGGCUAAUUAUUCGCUUCCAUGUGCUGCGGCAACUUUUGACGAUUGCAAGAAUGCUAGGAGAUGCAUUCCUCGUUGGGACUUAUUGUCUUCAGCUGCUCAAAAUGUUGAUAUGGUGCGAUUCGAUCGCUCAGCCGCCCACAAUAAAGAAGAUACUGCCUAGUAGGGGUCCAUCUCUUCUGGUGGACCAUCUUCAGCAACCCUUCACUUCGCUUCGUGUGCCAUUAUCAUCUGUUGAGCGAGCAACAAUCGGUCUUCAUGCUAAAUGUGGGGUCUAUUACUCUCCACCGCCAGGAGUUGACACAAAAGUCCGACGCAACUUUAUCGCAUCUCCGUCUGCCACGAUGUCCAAUGCAGCGGCCUCGUUAUCGACGACGCUGACUAACACUCCACGACUUCUAGCUACCCCAAGGCAACAGUUUUCUGCGGCGGUGAAUGCUCUGUCGACUAAGGCAUCGCCAGCGUUUACACCAUUUGCUCAUGCGCACUCCCAGAUGAACGGAGCAAAGACAAGCCGUGCAAGUGGCAUAGAUGAUCGGAUAACAAUUCCGAAAAUAGGAAACAGCAUUGACACAAGAGACUUUGCCAUGAGCGGAGAUAGUGGGCUUCAAGACGUUCAAACUUGGAAUGCAAAAGAGAGUGAAAGUGGUAAUAAAUUGGAUGGAGCGGAAUAUCUAACAGUGUGGAAUCUGCGAUCGAGAUCAGAGAUUACAAAAAUUGAAAGUAGAAUUUUGAAUAUACUGGAGUCAGAUUGCACGCCACUGCGUUCACAUGGCCAAAAGCUAUUACCAACGUUUCUCCAAAUCGAAAGUCUUAAGUUGCGCUCCUCCUGCAAUAUGCAGCUUCCGUUCUUUUCUCGAAAGACUGCACUUGAUAUCUUUGGUCUCCACUCGACGUGUCACCAACAAAGUGUGAAGUCGGAUUUCUUUUAUUCGCCGUUUGCCAAACAAAAUAGAAAGUGGGAGACUGAUAACAGCAGACAAAGUAGAAGUGUGAUCGAGUGUGACGAUGCACCCGCGAUUUACGAAAGAGGAUUUCCCGUUCACGAGCGACUGGAGCUUCAAUUGAAAAUAUCAAACCCUUUGGGUGUGGCUAUUAAGCUUCAGGAAGUGAAAAUAUGGGUCACGUAUAACUCUGACAGCAGCACAAUUAGUGAGAAAGAUGAAGGUAUCGAGUGUUAUUCAUGCUGCUUUACAUUAGAAUCCUAUCAAAAGCAUAAGACGGUGGUGCUGGGAAUUCAACCAAUGCGAGUAGGAACAUUUCAUGUCCGUGGAUGCUUUAUACAGACACUAAAUAUCAAAACCGUCUUCCAACUCAGGGAUCCCGUGAGCAUCCGUGUUGUGGGUGAGCUGCCGAUAAUAUCACUCAGUCUUCGUGAUAACAGCCCAAUGGCGCUUUUUGACGGAACGAAGGCUUGGACACCUAGAACACCAGAACAUGCUAAAGUGCAACUUGCAAUGUUUGUUUCCGAGACAAGGCGAUGUGUGCUUCGUCUUCGUUGUACUGGAAAUCGUCAAGUCACUAAUUACAGAUUGGCAGUUUCCGUGCAGCAUCGCCUUGCAGUGAAGAAAACGUGUGUGCUUUUCAACAAUUUACCGUCUGCAUUAACAGCUGCAAAUGAUAUGAUGCAAGGAAGCUGUGUGAUAAACAAUGGCACGAAGAUUGAUAAGCAGAUUGGGACAAAAAUGCUCAUCUUGAGAUGCAGCGACUUCUUGACGUCUCCACUUCCACUCAAACAUGGUGAUUGCAUGACAAUUUCUUUCGACUUGACUCUUCGAGGAAUAUACGAGCAACAAGAGCAACUGAAUGAUGGUGUUAAGAUUGAGUGGAGCGUUGUGUAUGCCGAUGAGACCAGUACUUUAAUGGACGAGACUUUUUAUCGAGAAACAAAACUUAUGCUGCAACUCGUGCCACUUCCAGCGCUUCAGCUACAGUCAGUGACGUUGCUUCCCUGUGGUUCUGAGCAGAUUCCAAUAAAGUGUCGAGCACCCCAGCACCAUCGCAAUGGCUUUGAAGAAACAACUGAUCAUUUGUAUUUUGGUAUCGUGAUCAACGUUACAAAUCCAACGAAUACAACGUUCAAAUUUCGAAUACGCAAUAAAUUUGGAAGCAGCAGUGAAGUAGCUUGUGAGGCAAAAAUUGGUCAACAAUGCUCUCGCCGAUUUGUGGUCGAAGUUUCGCGCAUACAGAGAUUCGAUUUUGACGAGAAAGAUUUCAACCCUGUUGACGUAUUGAAUAGUUUAUUGGAGAUUGAGUGGGAAACACAUUAUGGAGCACGAGGACGCCUGAUUCUCGGGGAAAAACAUCUGAAAUCAAUCGUUCAACUGGAACAACUAAAACAAGAGCUUUUGUCACCACCAAUUAGGUUCACGAUCCAACCAUCACGUAAAGUUCCAACCGUGUCAAUGGCAGAUGAAGGGCAUAAUGGAUAUACGAGUAAAUCGAAGCAUGGAACGGAAAGAAUUUUAUCACGUCUGUCAUCAAAAUUCUUUCAUAUGACUAACUAUCCAGUCAGAUACCGGAAUGUAGAAGUCAGAUUGUUUGAAUAUGCUCCAAUUGCUAUUCUAAUCGAACCGGCAAGUGGUAACGUCGAGCAUUUAAUAUCAGGUGUGGAGGUAGAGGUGACGAUUUCUGAGGAAGAAACGGAAUUUUGUGUCGAAAUAAGUGACAGCGUGAUGGUCGUGGGCUUGCUAAAAACCCUCUUGAAAUGGACCAAUCCGAUGGAUGCGAGUCCCAAGAUUCACGAGAUCCAGUGUAUGUUUCUGUCCGAGGGUGCUUUUCGUAUUACAGUGUGCGGUCGAAUGCUUGAUGUAGGUGGAAAGCAGAUCCGCAAUUUGCUCUGGGAUGAGCUUAAACUCAACGUUCCUGCGUCAGAAGAAGUAGAGCUGCGAAGCGCUCUCGGAAGUCAUUUAAUUGAAGGAAACGAGGAUUUACGGCAAGAACUGGUGGUGCUAGUCGACAUUCUUAGCGAUUUUCAGCAGCAAAAUGAUGACAUUCGGGUACAUUUGGAUUUUGACACACCCUUGUCUGCUUUUCUAUUCAUUGGUGCGGCUUGUCUGCAGGAUGCACUGGCAAAACGUGUGCACCUACCUGAGCCUCCAGGCCGAUAUUUGCUGAUUGGAAAGCUGAAACUUCUGGCUGGCGAUAUGCAUGAUUAUUCGACCAGUGGUGUCAUUGAGUCUUCAGAAACUGCCGAAAUGCUACAGUAUGUGUUUUCAACGGUGGACAGGUCAAAUUCUUACACCUUCCAAUUGCCGAUGACGCGAAAAGAGAGCGACAUACAAUAUGGACAGAGGACAGGGGAUCAGGCAGAUAGCAUCACCAUUCGUCAGGGCACGAGAAAUGGCAAAACCGAGUUGACAACCUGCUCUCCACGGCCAGUUUCUAGAGGCUCGACACGUUCUAUCUCUUCGAUCACUGCUAUGUUUGAGAGCUCAGAGUUGCUUCGGGGUAUAAAUCUAGAUGGACUUGACGGGAUUACAGAAGACCUACAGAAGGCACUUGAGGAAGAGCGCCUUUUACUGCUUGAUGACAUUGAUUUCAUUCAUGGCUGCUUGGAAAUGGAAAAGGAUCUCAUUGACGAUGAUCGACGAAAAGUUGAUGCUGCGAAGCCACCUCCGUCACUUCAAAGGUUACACCAAUUUCAAAAGACGUUGGAGAAAACCAUGCAAGAUCAGGAAACACUUGAAAGAAUGGAAAGCGUAAUAAGCAAAGCACAUAAUUCAAGUCAAGUUCGAAAUACACUGAUCCCUGUACACCAGUCAGAUCUCCCGAUGCGCAUGCACACAGAUUCUACACGCCACCCAACCCAUUCACCUCUCAGUUCCUUACCGUCGACUUCAAAGCCACGCACUGCGUCAGCAACUCGAGUGCUUAAGAUUCGACAGGUUGUUCAAGAAAAUCGAGAUGAAUCGUAUUUAUCGUAA